CAUGAACAAAUGCCAUGGGGCUUUUUAUUUCUUCUCGAUUGGUUUAUGGAACUCAUUUUCAAGGCUGCUUGUGAAUUUGGUAGCGACUCAAGACAUUCUCGCAGGAACACUUAUUCCAUCGACUUCUUUAAUAAUACUUAGCAAAGUUCCUGAAUUAAUUAGUAAAGUGAGCAGUCCUUUCAUCGUCAGAAGAAUCCACCCUGGUUGGUCGAUGCUUCUUGGUACUGUUUUAUUAACAGCUGCAAAUAUCUUAAUAGUGGUUUACGACUUGAUUGAAGUGCGAUUGGCGGGAGUUGUGAUGUUUGGGAUCGCUUACGGACUAUUUUCCAUUUCUGUCGUGCAAAUUCUCUCAUGCUAUGAUGACAUUCAUGUAUUCACGAGUGCUUUUCAAUCUGGAAGCUAYGUUUCAUCGAUGUUGGCGACGUUAAUUUAUACAGGUAAGGCGUUCUUUGAGAUAAUUAARAAAAUUCACUCGAGCGAACAAUUCUACUUGAAUACAUUAUAUCUAAAAUAUAGAAUUGUCACUUUAGUUCUCACCACAUGGUCUUGUGCCGCCCCACGAACAGUCAUUGCAGCAUGUAUCCCAACAUGUCUUCUGCCAUAUGUAUUCUACUGCCUUCUUGAUAAAGAACCAUUGAAGAAGCAUAACUCACAAAUCAGGACAAGUAAAUCAAACCAUGGUGAAUACAAGAAAGUGCCUGAUGAUGAACGUAAUGAAAGGCAUGGAAUGGCUGGCGUUGAUGAUGACUCAGGCGGAGAAGUCAUGAAGCAAAGAUUCUGGUAUCAAGCGGAAACAAAGUUAACGUAUUUUAUAAAAGUAUAUCCAUAUAUAACUUCGUACAUGUUAACUUAUUUCAUUUCCACUUUAUCUUUAAAUUCUGUACUAACAACGAUCACCUUUCCUUCUGCACCUUUCAGAAUUCGAGACCAUUUUCUACUUUACGUGUUAUCAUCUUAUUUUGGUUGGUGCUUUGGUGGUUUGGCGUUAGUUUUCCUUUCUUUUCUGUUCCCCAAAAAGGUUGACAUUUUCAAAGUCCGACGGCUGUGGAUUAUAAUUUUKCUAGAGCUCGGAUUUUUGAUGUUUUUCCUCUGUUUAUCKUGGUAUCAUUUUAUACACAAGGUGUAUGYAGUGCUGGUCUCUUGCUUGAUUCAGGGCUUUCUCUUUGGAACCACAUCAGUUCAUAGUCUUGUAUGUGCUGCUGAUCUUUUCCAAGAWGUUUCUGAUAAAGGAACAGCUAUGGGGAUGGUGAAAGUUGGCAAUUCAGUCGGUCGUGUYAUUGGGGGCUUGAUGGGUCUGUUUGUGGAGGUUUAUCUCAGAAAUCACUGUAUCACUAGGUUGUUAUUGGGAAAAUUUUGUCUGACAAGAUUUGAAACUAGUUUAGCUUGGAAUAAAAAUAUUGUUUGCAAUUAAGACAUCCGAGGGAACAGUAGCAUUUAUUCAACGUUAUAUUUUGGGGGGAAUGUGUAGUAGCGGUCGGCUACAAAAUGUGAAUAGCGAUAUCCACUGGAAAAUCCAUGGAGUUGGGAAAUUAAAGKUUGAUCUCCUAAUAUGAUAGAAUUCAUUUAUGGYUUGCAUGAGCUUCCGUUAUGGGUUGGUGCGCUCCAAAAACGCGGUUAGUACACAAUUUUGUGUCUCGUCAGUCAGUUGAACGAGGUCAUAAUGCUCUAAUAGUU